GCAGCCUUUAUUUUGACUUUAAAAACAAUACAUAAAAUACAUAUUUCCGAGAUAGAUUAUCUCUCCGAGAGGUUAUGAACAGAAGUAGGAUUUUACCGUAGCCUAUGAACCUCAGACAUGAAUAACGUGAAUCAAUCAAAAACAACACACCGUGAGCAACAUGACUUGUUAUGUGGCCUAACACUUAACCCGUUUUGGGGCUUUAUUGUGACAACAACAACUCGCUUUCUCCAGCACGUAUUACUCGACAAACCUCCGAGAACCUCUUUCUCUCCUUCUCUCUCUCUCUCCGUGUUUUCCACCAGGAUCAAGGGAAAUCUAUAUUACUGGAAACAGCGUGUGUGCAUUCCUAUUAUCUUUAAUGUUGAGGCGGUGAAUUCCCAGAAAGAAGACUCUGCCGGGGCCGCCCGGCGGGGUGGAGUCAAGCCCUGCGAUAAUUCCUGGAAAGCAGAUAGGGAGAAGCUGCCGCGCGAUUCCUGGGAGCGAGCGUCGGUUCUGCGAAGGCAGGAGCGGGCGGCUGAGGAGCGGGCGAGAGGCGAGUCUCACAACACCGGGCACGAAGCGCUUUCAUCCGGAGAAUUGAGCGUACAAAAUAAAAAAAACAUUUCAACCAGCAAACACGCUAAAAGAAGAAGAAGCAGUUGCUGUCUUCCCCUGCGCGAGACGAGCGGCGGUGGUGCGGAAUGGGAGUUGGUGCGGCCGGUGUGACGUCAGAGCCGCCGGUGCUGUUCUCAGAAUAGACUUCUAGGAAACCGUAAUUUUUAAAAGCCGAGCCCUUACACUCUGUCCUCCACACAUGUUGGACCCCAUUCUGGUGACAACGCACUCCAACCCGCCGCUCAGGAGAUUUUUAUGUUUUUAAAUGUAUUGAUUUCAUUUUUUAACCGAACAUUUUGUAUCCGGUGUUUUAUAAGCGACAGGAACAAACCCGACUGAAUAUACGGCGCUCCUUUACUGUCCGACUCGUAUCUCUCCGAUGUGAAAACUCAUUUUCUCGACAAGUUUUUUUCCUUAACAUUUCUUUAGAGCUCAGUCUCUAUAUGUUUUCCUUAAUUUUUGAAGGAGAAAUACCGACCGGAUCUUAGCCCAGAGGAUUCAAGAAAUAGCAUGAUUCUUUGUGUACCAGGUCCGAGAUCUUCUCUGCCCACUGCUCCGUCCACUGAAACCCCGCGGGGUAUGCGGGCAGGAACUGUACCUUCCACCCUGUGCCUUCAAAGCCCCCCUCCACUAUGGGACCCCACAAAGGACCUACGGGCAAUUGCAAGCAACUUCUGCUAUCUAGAAAAUUCAGGAUGGUACUGGGGGGCUGUAACUGCAGCUCAGGCCCACGCUGCACUUCAAGAGGCAUCUGAAGGAGCGUUCUUGGUCCGAGACAGCAGCCACCCUCUGUACAUGCUGACCCUUUCGGUCAGGACUGCGCGCGGACCCACCAGUAUACGGAUACAGUACAGCGGCGCCCAGUUUCUGCUCGACUCCAGCUCCCCGGCCCGGCCCAGCCUGUCGUCCUUCCCCAACGUGCCCAGUCUGGUGCAGCACUACAUGGGACCAGAGAGGAAAGCAGAGGAAGGGAAGGUGGUGGAGGACGCUCCUUCAAAACCCUCUCAACAGACAAUUCAGGAGACAUCUGUGGUAUUAAAACUGAAGCGGGCUGUGUUCAAGCCUCAGGGUCUCCCCUCUUUACAGCACCUCACACGCCUCGUCAUUAACAGACACUCUGACUACCCCGACCAGCUACCACUCCCGAGGCCUCUGCUGCGUUACGUACAGGACUAUCCCUUCAAGGUAUAAGGGCCCCUCAAGUCUAUUAUUACGACGUAAAGGAAACAAACUGUUAAACAGGUCCUGUCCUCCAAAGACUGCCGCGCAAGCAGUUGGAGGCCAGAAAAUACUGAACCGGGACAUGUCUUCGCUGAAUACUGACGGGCCUGGUUUCAGACUGAAUUUGUCGAGGACUGAGUGAUGAAUUACCAGAGAAGAAGAUGACGACAAAUCUAAGUACUGUAAUCUUUAUUUCAUGAUGGAUGUGGAAAUUGUCCAUAUCUGUAUUACCAUAAUCAGUUCUGGAAGUGCAUACUGUUCCUAACAAGUACACUGAUUCCAUUGAGACAUCUUUCACGGCGUUUUAUUUUUUCUACCUUUUACAUGUGUACAUUUUCUAUUAAAAUAAUCGAUUGGAGUCCAA